AUGGGGAACACGAAGAGCAGCGCUCUGUCCAAGGGGCUCCUGGAGGACCUGAAAUCCAACACCAAGUACUCCGAGGCCGAGCUCUGCACCUGGUACCAGUCCUUCCUGAAGGAGUGUCCCAGCGGGAAGAUCAGCAAGGAGCAGUUUGAAGGCAUCUACGCCAGCUUCUUCCCAAACGCGGACCCCACGGAGUACGCCAGACACGUGUUCAGGAGUUUCGACACCAACGCCGACGGCACUUUGGACUUUAAGGAGUACAUUGUCGCUCUGCACCUCACGUCCGGGGGAAAGACUCUGCAGAAGCUGGAGUGGGCCUUCGCCCUGUACGACGUGGACGGGAACGGGACCAUCAGCAAUAACGAAAUCCUAGAGAUUGUUAGGUCGAUAUUCAACAUGAUUCCCGUCGAGGACCAGAAGAACCUCCCCGAGGAUGAAAACACGCCAGAGAAGAGGGCCGAAAAAAUCUGGCAGUUCUUCGGGAAGAAGGAGAACGAUAAAAUCUCAGAGGGGGAAUUCAUUCAGGGUGUGAUGGACAACAAGGACAUCCUGCGGUUGAUACAGUACGACGAGCCUCAGAAAAUUAAAGACAAGCUGAAGGAGAAGAAGCAUUAA